AACGAGAUAGAGAUGUGAGAGCGAGAGCGAGAGUGAGAGUGAGAGUGAGAGAUAUAUCAACACAAGGCUAUUUAUUAAUGGUGUCGAAGUGGGGCCCAGUGAGUAAAUAAAUCAAGGCUUGCGUUGCGUGGGUUGGUUGUUUCAAGCGGCGUCGUAUCGUAGUUCUUCACCUUUCCCAAAAUCCAGCCGAUCCUCAUCUCAACACCGACCGCGCAUUGCAAUUCUAUCCUAACCCUAAUUGCAUCUUUUCCAUAUAAAUCCUCUCUCUCUCUCUCUCUCUCUCUCUCUUCAUCAUCAUAAAUUCAUAAUCCAGAAUUCUCCACUAUUAGAAUUCCAGUUUUCCUUUGGCUCCAUCGCUAAUAAUCUCGAAUUUUCUCUUAAUCCAGAAUUCUCCACUAUUAGAAUUCCAGUUUUCCUUUGGCUCCAUCGCUAAUAAUCUCGAAUUGUCUCUUCAUCGUGAAUGGUGGAAAUCCCCUCUUUGUCGUUAAUGGUCGUCCCUUCUUCAUCCAGAAGGGGGAUUUCUGUUUCUUUCUGCUUCGGAUCCUGCAAGGAGGGCUGGUAUUACCGCUGCCUCGGCGUCGACCCGUGAAUUCAGUGCUUUUGGUCCCCCCCCCCCCUCCGCGAAAACAAUAGCGAUUCGUUUUUGUGAAGGAUUUUCGUCUCUUCUCUUUUUCUCGGAUUCUCACUCCUCCUUUUUUUCCCAUUGAAAUUGAAAAUAAAUAAAUAAAUAAAAUGUUGCUUCAGAAGCAGAAGAAGAACCAGGUGGCGAAGGGCAAUCGGUUUCUGAUCAGCGUGAAUGUGCUGGGGAGCGCUGGGCCGAUCCGGUUCGUGGUUAGCGAGGAUGAGCUCGUUGGCACGGUGAUCGACACUGCUUUGAAAUCGUAUGCGCGCGAGGGCAGGCUCCCUGUGCUCGGAUCCAAUCUCGAUCAUUUCAUCCUCUACUGCCCAAUCUCCGGAACCGAAGCUUUGGUUCCGUGGGCGGCGAUUGGAUCAGCCGGCGUGAGAAACUUCGUGCUGUGCAAGAAACCGCAGACGGAUGAUAUGAAGAAAGCGCCGCCGCGGAAGGCGGGCGGAGGUGGGAUUUGGAAGUCAUGGUUCACCAAAUGUCGAAGCCACAAGAUAUCUUCUCACUAGAAUGAGGAUUUGGAGUUUUUUUUUUAAUUUAUUUAUUUUUGCAAAUCAAACAUGUCACAUGUUUGAGUCAAUAAUGUAAACCUUGAGGUCAUGAAUAAAGUUGUUUUCUUCAUUA